AUGGUUAAUAAUAUGAAAUUAGAAGAUAUAUCAAAUGAACUUUUCUUAUGUAUUUGGGAUCAACUAUCAAUGGCGGAUACUAUUUAUAGUUUUUCUAACCUUACCACAAGAAUUGAUUGUAUGUUAUUAAAAUUUUGUUGCCUUUACAAUAAAUUAGAUUUACGUUAUUGUUCAUUGUCAAUAUUUCGUUAUUUUUCUCAUCAAAUAAUAAUGAAAGAUGAAUGGCGUUUGAAUUUAACCGUUUUAAAAAUAGGUAAUUCAUAUCGAUGUUCUCAAGUGAUUUCAUUAGCUGAUGAAGUGAUACAGUUUUUUAUGAAAAAUUAUUUGAUAAGAAAAGAUAAUCAGAACAAUAAUUCAUCAGAUUUACUCCAUAUGAUAAAUUUACUGAAGAAGAAAAAUGUGGAACCAAUAUUUCCUCAAUUAAAUACAUUAAUUGUUUAUCAGAGUAUAACAAUGAAUGAGAAUUGUCGAGAUAUAUUUCUAUAUGGUAUUGCUUGUGGAUCAACUUUACGUACAUUAAAUUGGAGAGCUUGUUCCUAUCAAACUCAUCAUUCGGAAUCAUUUUUUGAUUGGUUAUUUCAAUGUUCAACUAAUUUACAUAAAUAUCAACUCUUAAAUACAUUAGGUGAAAGUGGUUUUGAACUUUCGUAUCAGCAUACAUUGAUUAAUAGUUAUCAAUUUCAUCCAUCACUUAUUUUUCUUAAAAUUAAUAUUUUGAAUUUAUCAACUCUAUUUGUGUUACUUCAUUAUCUUCCAAAACUUGAAUGGCUCGAUGUUCAUAUUAGCAAUCCUAUUGAAGUAGAAAAUGAUUUUAAUGCACAUUUGUCAAAAACUAUGGAUUAUCCGAUUAAACUUCAUACUCUUACGUUCAGAGCAUUGAAUAUACAAGGACGAGGUUGUUAUGAAUUAGAAAACCUUCUAUUAAAAUUUAUUCAAUCACUUGAAUCUUUAUCCAUAUCCAUGUAUCAUCGAUGUGAUAAUGAACCUGAUCUAAAUUAUAAUGGUUAUUCUCUAAGUAUUCUUUGUCAAAAAUUCCUACAUCUUCGAUCAUUUCAUUUUGCUCUUCAAAUACAAAUGUUCGAAAAAGCUGAUGAAAAUAUCAUUAAUAACUUUGUAAACACAUUUUCUACACCUUUUUGGCUCAAUGGACCUUUUGGAUGUAAACGAAUAUGCGUGGAUUUCGAACAAAUCUAUGGUUGGAUACAAAUGUUUUCUCUUCCAUUUACUUUCAACGAUACUACUUUAUUUCGUUCGACUGAUUUAACAAAUAUACAAUUUAAUACUGAUUUAGAAGAAAAUCAAACAUCAAAACAUUUAUCUCAAAAACUUGAAACUCUUUGGUUUGGAAUGAGUCGAUUGUUUUUACCAUUUGAUAAAAAUCAAAUAUUAUCAUCGGUAUUUGUUCAAGCUUUACGAUGUCCAUCUAGUCAAGGGAAAACAUUAGUAUUAUCACAAAAGAGAGGAAUUAUGUCAGAAAAUAUAGUAAAUCAAAUUCAAUUAACACACUUUAAUAUGCUCGAAUUAGUCGAUUCAAUUGAUACAAAUAUUAAUUAUAAUCUUCAAGAUCGUUUUCCUCAAUUAAGAUGUUUACGUUUAAGGAGCUGCAAAAAUAUUGCAUCAUCAUGGGAAAAUAUCGAUCAAUGGAUUAGUUUUAUUCUUACUCAUAUUAAUGAACAUCAAUUAACAUGUGUACGUUUCGAUUUUAUUGAGCAAGAAAAGAAAACAACUGAAAUGAAUAUAUUAGAUGAUUUUUCUCGAAAACUAUUUACAUCUUUUGCACCAUCAACAACAAAUCCUAAUGCUCGAGCUGUUGAAGUUGUGGAAGGUGGUCCCCCUUGUAAACCUGUACGAUAA